CAUUUCUUCCCUUUCUCCCUCCCUCCUCCCUCCUCUCUCUAUUUUGGAAAGUUUUGCCCUUAUUUUCUGCCAUGUUGUCCGCUUAUAGGCCCGGCUUUCCGUCCGAUGCUAUGUUUGGAAACCCUUUUCCGGCUUUUGAUUCCGGUUUUAUGCCCUUGGACUGCCCGGAAUACUUUCCACCCGUCCAAUCCCCUAAACCUAUUUUUUCAAAUUCCGGCCCCGAUGCUUUAAUCCAAACUCCCAAAGGGGAGCCGGAUGCGUUUCAGUCCCCCAAACCGGUUAUUUCUUGUUCCGUUUCUUACGAACCGGACCGAGACCAAAACCCGAGUCAUGUCAAUUCAAAUUCCGGUUCUGACGAGCCGAAACGGAAGAGAGAGGAACCCGGGUCCCCGUUGGACGAGCGGAGACAGAGGAGGAUGGUAUCGAACCGGGAAUCGGCCAGGAGGUCACGCAUGCGUAAACAGAAGCACUUAGAAAACCUAAGGAAUCAGGUGAACAAGUUUAGGAUCGAAAACCGAGACCUUUCGAACCGGUUGCGCUGCGUUUUGUACCACUGUCACCGCGUGCAAACAGAGAACAAUCAGCUCCAAUCCGAAUAUGACAUGCUCCGACACAAACUCUCAGAGAUAGGUCAAAUUUUGGCGUACCGGCGACUGCAACAAUUCACUGCGGCAUGGCAAUGCAAUACCGUUACGCCAGAACAAACCCCAUCAUUGGUUAUAUAAUCUGAACCAUAAUGAUAAUAAUCUUAAAACGAGAACGAAGAGCUAGUCCUCUCCUGAUCGAUCUCUCUCUCUCUCUCGUGUGUGUCUGUGUAUAUCGAUUUAAAAGCUGCUAAAGUAAUUAAUGGUGGUGGGGUAGGCAGGGAUUUUUGGAAAAUGUCAGGUUUCUCUGAAAACUAGGGUCAUUAUAUAAAUUUAUAUAUCGUGUACGUACGUAAAAACUUUUAGUUAA